GCAUCUCCUUCACUCUUCUUUGUAACCCUCUUCAUAGUUCAAAGCUCUCUCCAGCGAGAAAAAGGGCAAAAAGGGGGAAAAAAUGGCCCUUUGGAAUCAAAUCCGACGCUCUGGACUCCAACGACUCGUUCAAACCCAUCAAAACCCUAGCUUUAUCUCCGCCCCUGUGAGAUCCUUCGCGGUUCCUGCUCAUGUGAAGGCUAAGCAAAUCGAAGAACCGAGCGGACCGAGGCUCAAUGGGGAUAUUACUGCUCAAUACGUUCGACUAGUCACUGAGCAAGGACAUGGUGUUGUGUCAAGGCGGGAGGCACUUGAUCGUGCAAAACAGCUGAACCUUGAUUUAGUUGAGGUUCAACGGACAGCCGAUCCACCAGUUUGCAAGCUCAUGGAUUUUCACAAGGAGAAGUUCAAACAAGAAGUGAAGGAAAAGGAAAAAGUAAAAACCAAGUCCACACCUCAACUGAAAAAUGGGGAGAAUAAAGAAGUUCGCUUUACAGCAAAAACUGAAUUGAAGGACCUGAAAAUAAAAGCCAACACAAUUACUAGACUGAUGGAGCGUGGUUACAGAGUGAAGUGCACAGUUUUGCCCUCGGGUAAAGAAGAAGAAGAUUUGAGAGGGCUGUUAGCGCGCAUUUUAGAGUUGGUAGAAGAUGUUGCUGUUGUGGAAAGUGGACCACACAUAGUAGACACAAAGCAAGCAUAUAUAAUAGUGAGGCAUACCAUGUUUUCGACAAAAAAAUCUGUGAAGAAAGCUGUCAAAGCUUUGGAUGCUGUGAAUAGUGUUCAGAGUGUAAAGAACAACAUCCAAGAGAAGUCUCUUCAGUCUGAUACUGAAAUUGAGGUUCUUUCUGAUCAAAAUGCCAAUGAUCAGGAAGAAGUUAUUGUCUUUGAUGCUAAAAGGAACCCGAGAGAGGAUCAAAAUAGCUCUAAACCAUUACCACAGAUAAAUUUGAAGACUCCCAUUGCUCCUCCUAUUGCAUCAAAACCAGAGCCUUCUGUUGUUCAAGUAAACCGAUAUGCCAAACAAAGCGACCCCAAUAGGUUCCCUCAGAAUAGAGAGAGAAUGCCACACCAAGCUACAAGAAACGAAACUGAUCCGCAGCGAAGGCAAUUUCACCCCAACAAUCCUCAUGGAAGAUUCAAUUCCGCAAAACCCGCUGAAUUUGUUGAUCGAAAUAAACUUGGAACUCCAGUUAUGAGUAAGCCCAGUAAUCCGAGUUCAUCACCACCGAGCCAUGGAAAAUUUAGUUCUUCUCAAAACCCUAGUCAACCGAGACCAGGCUAUGGAAUUUUCAGCUCAACAACAAAGCCUGCUGGCUCUAGUGAUCAUAGAACAGAAAACACAAAUGUGCCCAACACCGAAAAUACUAGUAAUUCAACUAAGAACUAUGGGGUUUUCAGUGCCAAUAAACCUGUUGGUUCCGGUGAUCCAAAGAGCUCUAGUACAACAAAACCGAUCUUCAGUAAUAAAUCGAAAGCUGGCUCAGCUGGUGCUUAAAAGUCUUUUGGGAUAGAAAAUGAAGGUAUUGUGAAAGUAUGGGUUUUGAUAGUUGUAGACAAAGGCUAUGGGGAGUAUUUAAAGAGCCACUUCCCCUAAGAUCCGUUACAGCUUUUUUUUUUGUACUGAGAUGGAACUGCAAAUAGCGUGACUGCUGGAAUUUUCUGUUAAUUAUUCUCAUGGAAUAAUGUCUUUUUUGGGGCAUAAUACACCGAUAAUUUGUAAUGCUAAUUAUUUUUUUGUUCCCAUUUUUUGUUGACGAUCGAU